AUGAGCCUACACUUUCCAGCCAGGAGGCUGGUGCAGACUGCCCGGUCUGGAAGUCUUCUCCCAUAUACGCAACAACGAUCGGCAUCAUGGUUCAAUUGGGGCGGAGGCUCCAAGAAAAAGUCACCGUUGUCAGAGGAGCUCGAGAAGCGUGAGCGAGAAAAGAAGAUCUUUGACAAGAUGGCCGACCGGACGGCUGGUGAAUCUGUUUUCGACGAGGAAAUCAAGCAGGUGGACGAUGCCAGCAGAGCAAAGGAGGGCGGCCCCGGCGCUGCAUACUCUGGACCUUCUCGCGCAAAGGAGCACAUGGCGCGCGCGCUCGACCCCGAUCCCCGAUGGAGAAUUCGCUGGCAGCGGAAGAAGGUCAUGCAGAUGGUGCGGAACGGCGGCAAGGUCACCAAGGAGCAGCAAAUCAAGAUGACCGAGAAGGAAGUCACCCAAAAGAGCGAGAACCUCAACACCAGCACCAAGAAACUGAUGUUCUUGACGCGCCAAAUCCAGGGAAAGACCCUCGACGAUGCCCUGACGCAGAUGCGAUACAGCAAGAAGAAGACUGCCUCCGAGGUCGCUUUUCUACUGAAGGAGGCUCGAGACAGGGCCAUUGUGAGCCGUGGCAUGGCUCUCGGCCAAGUCAAUGGAGAAAUUAUGGAGAAGCCUCGCAAAAUUCAGGACAAGGAAGGCAAUUGGAUGGAGGUCUCUGACCCGACAAGUUUAUACAUUGACCAGGCUUGGGUUGGAAAGGGUCCACCGCGAGGCAUGAGGAUACAGUACCACGCAAGAGGCCGAAUGAGCAGAAUGAUGAAGCCUUCUGCACACUUCACCGUUAUCCUGAAAGAGGAGAAGACAAGGUUACGACAGUACGACGAUAAACUCAAGAAGGAGGCAAAGGCAAAGCCUUGGGUACAUCUGCCCAACAGGCCGAUUACAGCACAGAGACCGUACUAUACUUGGUAA